AUGAAUACGCCAAAUAAAAAGGGAAAGAAGGCACAAGGAGGCCAGCAGAAGUCUGGAAGCGCUAGCAAUGAUGCACCGACUGAAUCUCUACGUGUACCAGCUCGGCGACCGGUAUUCAAACACGUAGUUGAUUCGCCUUUUGUCUUCCAAUGGCAAGUCCAGCCUGCUAUUGCAGCAAAGGACUAUGAUGUGAUUAUGGAUGCCUUGAUAUCGUUACUACAACCAAUAGGCCUCGCCAAAUCUCAUAUGUCAGCCACUCGCAAAAGAGUCUACCGCGAAUCUCGACGUGAUUUGGGCGAGCUAUACAAAGCUAAACGACAAAAGAUUGACAGGGACUCUACAAGCGCUGCCGCUGAUGCAAUAGUAAACGCACCAGCUCCAAGCAAUAUGGAUACAGAAAUGGAUGCUACUACAGCUGCUGCUGUCGAUACCACCCAACCAACAACAUCAAAGAAACAAAAGCACACCUCCUCAAGCGUCGUCGCAGCCAAAACAGCCGUAUCAUCCCUCCCACAUUCAUCCGACCUAGACACACUCAAAGAUCUCGUAAUUGGCAUAAAUGACGUAUCUCGUGUUUUGGAGGGCAUGAUUCCGAGAUCAUUACAGUCAGGGAUAACCAAGUCAACAACAGCCGACACAGGCAUGCCAGAUACAGCACCAAAGCAACGAUUACGAAUGGUAUUUGUAUGCCGUAGUGAUCUAGAUCCUCCACACUUGUAUACACAUAUCCCGACACUGGUGUGUCUUGCUUCACCUGAUGGUGACGGUGACGACGCGAUAACGUUAUGUGGACUGAAUGCAGGGGCUGAAGAUAGACUUGCGAGAGCUUUGGGUGUGAAACGUGUUGGGUGUCUUGCCGUCAAGACAAACACACCAAAUUUUGAUACGCUCUACACCCUGAUAAAAUCCACCGUCGCACUCCCAUCUGCUCUAUGGCUCAAGCAAGCUGUGGAUGCCUCAGACAUAAAGUAUCUUCCAACGCAGAUAAAGACGGUUGCGACGACUGCACCUGUUGAGAAGAAGAAGACAUGGGCGGUGGGUGAGAAGAGGGCUGCAAAGAGGAGUGCAAAGAUGAAGAAGAAGGCGGAUGCUAAAGUGGUUAGAGCGGAGAAGAAGAAGGAGGCUGGAUUGAAAUCUAAGGAGAAGAAGGACACCGAGAGAAGGAUGAGGUAG